AUGGGUUGGGCUACAGUACCGAUGAAGAAGACGCUCAACUCCGAACCUAUAUACGGAGGCCCGAUUACGAAUGAGAGCGAGGAAGCUUGGGAUGCAUUGAUGCCUCACGCUCGUGGGUUUGUCGUCAUCAAGAAUGAGACGGCUGUUCCUGAGAUGCCCAAGUUCAAUGCGACCAUGAGUGAGUACAAGGGAGUAAUAUCGGUCUUCCACCAGCUACAUUGCGUGUGGGCCAUCCGGGAGGCCUUCUUUCGGUUGCUACGUGAUGGCAAUUCGACCGAGAUCGACCUCGGACACCUCAGUCACUGCUGGGAUUUUGUCAGGCAAGCCAUUCAGUGCCGUGCUGACACCACCAUCGAGUGGCAGGUGUCAGAUGAGCUCUCAGGAAGCCUGGGAUGGGGCUAUCAACACCAGUGCUAUGAUUAUGACGCCCUGCUUGCCUGGGCUGAAGAGCAUAGGUGGGGUGACGAGCAAAGUAUUCAGUAA